AAGGAGAAAUAGAAAUAAAUUAGGAAGGGAGAAUAUCCUCGUACCAUUAGAUAUUGCUAGCUUGGUAUUCCAGUUGCAAGAACUUUUUGAACUUUUAUUGAAAGCAAAAAUUGAAGGAUUUGGAGUUUUGGUAUUUGAGUGUCUGCUUUUCUGGCGUGAGCUCGAAACAAUUCAAACGUUGCCGCCGCCGUGCCAGCGCCGCAUGGCUGAUGACAUUGAUAGUCAAGUCGUCACGUCUGGGUCAAAGACUCACACUUUCGCCCACACACAACUCCGCCUUCUGCCAAGAUCUCAGCCUUAUUUUUCUAUUACAAUCCUGCAAAAAAGUCUCAAAAGUCUCACAAAUCCAUGGCUCCAUGGUCAAGACUGGUCUCGACCACCUUCCUUUUCCCUCCCGCAAGCUUCUCGCCUCUUCCAUCCAAGACAUCCAAUACGCCGCCGCCAUUUUCAGCCGCAUACAAAAUCCAAAUCUCUUCAUGUUCAAUACCAUGCUCAGAGCCUACUCCAUCAGCAAUGAUCCAAAGCAUGCUUUUCAUAUCUUCAACAACUUGAGAGCUCAGAAUAUCACGCUGGACCAGUUCUCUUUCGUCGCGACGAUCAAAGCCUGCGCUCGUGAAUUGGCCAUUGGGAUCGGCCGAGGGAUUCAUGUUGUUAUGAGGUCUGGGUUUGGACUGUUUGUCAAUGUAAAGAAUACCCUUUUGCAGUUUUAUCGUGUUUCCGGAAAAAUUGAAGAUGCCCAGAAGGUGUUUGAUGAAUUUCCUCAAAGAAAUGAUUUGGUUUCGUUGAAUACUUUGAUGGGUGGGUAUCUUCAUGCGUCUCAGCCUCAUGUGGUUGUGGAUUUGUUCAAGCAAAUGUGUAGUAUCGGUUUUGAGGCUAGUGCGACCACCGUUUUGAACCUUUUGUCUGCCAUUGGUGAUUUAGAGAGUCACCUUGCAGGAGAGUGUAUUCAUGGCUAUUGCAUCAAGAUUGGCUUCAGUUCAGAUUUACAUGUUCUUACUGCUUUGAUUGAUAUGUACUCGAAGAAGGGGCAAAUCGACUUGGGAUAUCGGAUUUUUGAUGGAGUUUCUGUGAAGGAUGUUGUGUUAUGGAAUUGUUUGGUUGAUAAGUCUGCAAAAUGUGGCAUGGUAGAAGAAGCAGUAGCCUUGUUGCGCCUGAUGAAACUCGAAGGAAUGAAACCAAAUUCAUCUACAUUGGCGGGGUUGCUUUCGGAUUGUGCUGCUUCUGGGUCUGUAAGUGUAUGGAGUUGCAUCAAGGAUUAUGUGGAAGAUGAAAACUUGGCAUUGGAUGCCGUUCUCGGAACAGCUCUGAUUGAUAUGUAUGCUAAAUGCGGGUUUUUGGACAGGGCACUUGACAUCUUUGAGAGCAUGGGCAAAGAUGUGAAAUCCUGGACUGCCAUGAUUUCGGGUUAUGGUGUUCAUGGGCAGGCGGGUAAUGCCAUGAGGCUAUUUGACAGGAUGGAAGAAGAGGGCUGUCAACCUAAUGAGGUCGCUUUCUUGGCAGUUUUAAGUGCUUGCAGCCAUGGAGGGCUGGUGGCAGAGGGAGUUAGAUGUUUCGAGAUGAUGGUUUGCAAGUAUGGCUUUGUGCCGAAGGUGGAACACUAUGGUUGUAUGGUCAAUCUUUUGGGUCGUGCAGGGUUGUUGGAGGAAGCACAUAAACUAAUCGAAAGCUUGCCCAUUAAGACUGAUGUUACAGCAUGGCGUGCACUGCUUUCGGCUUGCAGGGUUUAUGGGCAUGUUGCUCUUAGGGAAUCAGUACAGAAAGUGCUAGUGGAACUAAAAGAUGGUCAUACCGCCAAUUCAAUGCUAUUAUCAGGUAUUUACGCAAUUGCCGGAAGGUUGCCGGAUCAUAUAACAAGAGUGCAGGAAGUGGAAGAUGAAAAUAAGACGGGAGAAGUGAAAUUUCGGCCUGUUCGAAUAGAAGAUAACCUGAUCAAGGAAGCUGGACCGAGCUCAAUUGAGAUGGAUAGUUAUGUUUAAAGAACAGUGUUCAACUUGAUAUACAAAAAAUAAGAUUAGAGAUUGAUAUUAUUGGUAC